AUGCCUCUUACUUUUCUGGGCGUGAAUAGGCACCCGUCGCCCGAGGCGUUUCCGCCGCCGUCGCUGCUGUACAACAACCUCUCCUUCGUGGAGGAGUGCGGGGCGCUGGUGUACGCCUCAAGGAAGGACUGCAUUGUCAGGGACGUGGAGACGCAGAAGACGCAUGUGCUGCCAACGGGGGCCUCCGAGCAGGAGAUGAUUCUCCACUGCACCGCCACGCUCGCACCUGCGGGGCUGCUGCACCCUGAACAUUCCCUCCUUCAUUCUCAUCACCAUGAAGUCUUCCACGCAGCUCUGGACGACGCGCUCCCCGCUCGGCCUCGUGCCACAUGA